GUCCCGGGCAAGUAACGGCAAGUAGACCGACCCAAAUUCGCGGAACCACACGGAGACAGCCAGAAAGACAGACAGACAGACCCCCACGAACUAACUUGUAAAAUUGGGGAAGAAGAAUCCUUUCAUUAAAUGGAGCAAAACUAAGGCUUAGUAAAGGUGUAGUGCGUUUGAGGCUUUUGUUUGCUAUUCGGAUUUGUGCGGUGCAGCUGCAGCUUGGAAGCUGUUUUUAAGGGGGUUGUGUGUGAAAAAUCUCUUAAGAUGAAGAAGUUGUUUGGGUGCUGCUGAAAAGGCCAUCAUCGAUCUGGACCGAUUGAUAGCCCGCGGGGAAAAGGUAGUUCCCUGUUUGAUUGUCCCCCCCUGUUUGGCUCGAGAGACUCUCGGCGUCAGGUUCCGGUUUCCAGUUGUUUCCAGGAGGGUGGUGUUGAUAAAUGGUCAUUCGAGCCGGAUCGUCUAUUUUUAUUUUUUUUUCCGCUAUUGCUUCUCCAUCGAUCAAUGAGCUCUCGAGAAGGUUCGUGGUGAUGAACUAUGCGUCGUCACAAGGCAGGACCAAGAAGGUAGCUGCUGGAUUGGAGCGGAAAUCGAUCCCGGCCACCGCAGAAUAGAACGUUCGCCGAAGUGCGACGACUACCGGGAAGAGAUGACAGUGUCGUGUCGUGAAUAAAUAAUGCUAGGCUAAAAGUGGCUCAAAGUGGUGCUUUUUACGUGGCUGGAUUGAUCUGGAAGUGGGUCCUCUUUCUUGGGACCGCGGAAAUCCUUUUUCCCCAAAAAAAGGGCAGAUGGUUGGGAAAUUCGUGACACCAUCGGUGAUUGGAUCAGGACGAUUAUUUGAUUACUGGGGCCGAGGACUAGCGCCGGAAAUCGGGAUGGAAUUAGUUUUUCAUGAUUUAUGGUAAAACGGGAACGAACCGGAUCGCGCGAAACAGAGCGAAAUUUCUGGCACCGAAAAGUUUAAAGCUACCCCCGAAAACUGGAACCCUUGCCGAGACUUUGUUGCCGUUGUUGUUCCGCAAAGCGGAAAUUUGAAAAUAAAACACAAAAACCGGAUCCGAAGGGAUUUUCCGGCCAGUGAAAGUACAUCAAAAGCCGAAGAAAACUUUCUAACCAACAAAACCAACAAGUGGAAGAACCAGUUUUUGGAAUUGGGGAGAAAGCCAUUGCUAAAGAUAACAUCAAAAUAAGAGAAGCAGAAGAAAAAAAGUCCAAGGGUUGGAAACCUUUGAAAUAAAAAAUAAUAAGAAAACCAAUUCGAAAAGUGCCAAAGUGGUUGUUUGUUUUUUUUUCUGUUGAUUUACUUCACGAAAAGGGGAACAAAGUUUGCCAAGCUCAGCGUGCGCGAAUUUUGUGGAAUCUCUCAUACAAACAAACCAUCAAAUAAUACCCCGAUACAUGCACACCGAAACAAACAACAACGUGUAUUUUACGAGAAAAUUGUUGUUAUCACUCGUUCAACAAUAGGAAAAACGGCAGAAGCAGACAGCAACAGCAUAAACAACAACUAGAAGAAGAGCGGCACGUUUUCGGGUUUCGCUUGAGGAAGAUAAAUGAUGCUGGGAAAAACGAAACGGUGAAUCUUCUCCAUCUAGGACCCCCUUCCCGAGAUAGAAAUCGAGCCCCAGCUACUCAGCAAGGCGAAAGCACAAGAAUAGCGGCAAAGAAGACAACCGAAGCAUUCGUCUUUCCCUCUUCUUGGUCUUCCUUCAAUUGUGCCGAUGUGAGUGUGUUUCUGUGUUCCUACCUUCCUAUAUAUUAACGUGAAAGUGUAUCCUUGAAGCUUUAUUCAAUCCACGGAACCCCUCCCUCUCUCUCUGAGGUGCUGUGUGUUAUCAUCGUUGAAGUGUUGUGUUUUGUGUUAGGAAAUUUCAACACCAUCCCCUUUCCUGCGGAAAGAUUUAAGCUUGGUGGGAUGCUGUUGGGGAUUUACUGGAGCUGAAGCUUAAGGUGAUAGAAGAAAGCUUCGAGCAAAGCAACGGAGAAAGCGAAACGAGAAGAAAGCAAAGCAACAACAAAAAUUGAGGAAGGUAGAUAAAUUGUUGGUGUUGGGUGCUGAAAGGUGGCAAAACUAGAAGCAAGGAAGCUGCUUGUUGCUUUCCGUUUUUAUCUCGUCCUUUUAGCUGGAUACUGGCGCUGGCAUUCUACGGGAAUGCAUUCUCGCACACAACAGCUCUGCUGAUAUGAAAUGCGGGUUGUUGAGUGAAAGUGCUUAUCCGAGGCGUUUCGUUUCGGGCUGAGAUAAGACGGCACUCACUAGUAGAUACAAUUAUUGCUAUUGCUGCAGCAGCAUAGAGAUUUUCUGGAAGGAAGAAAACGGAAACGGCCGAGGAAGCAGCUCCGGAGUGAAGACGCUCGAACACUACUGGUGGCAGAUUAAAGUUGGAACAACAAGCAAAGGAUCGAGCGCUGAUUAACGAUAAGCGUCGUCCCAUUGCCUCCGCCAACGUUGGCGUUGACCUGCUCUCUGAGAAAAGCUGAUACCGGCAACGAUUGUAGCCCCCCGGGGGAGCAGUUUGGGGCACACUAGCACCGUGACCGGGCACCGGAAGUCCCCGCAAGCCGCUGCCACCGCCAUUUUUCUGAUCCAGGCCUUCGGUUCGGGAUAUUUGGGAUCAUCGGGGUGCGUCAUCGUCGUCGGACCACGCAAGAAACCUAGAACCAAACGGCCUCGGCGCCGCCGGAAGAAGCGCAUCGACCCCGAUUUCGAUCGACCAUGGGCCACUGGCAGGUGGCGCCCAACUGUUUCCUGCAGCGGAUGCCGGCCUCUGUAGCCGGCGCCCGAAUGCGGUCUCAAGCUUAGCGCCCGUUGGAUUUAAGGAUUUUAACGGAAGUGUACAGAUCAUCAUCAAUAGAAUCGACUAGUACCUAUCGGAUAUGAUGUAUUGUUAUCGGUGUCCUAACGACGUUCGAUAUGUUUUUGUUCAGUGUUUAUGUGAUCGUCGAUCUUCGUCGCCAGUCGGGCGAAAGCGAGUGUGAAUAUUGUUUCAGUGUCUCUGAGUGUUGAUAGUCGAGCAGUAAAAGGGUGUAUUGUUCGUAUUUUGUUUUCGUUGUUACGCGAGUGUGCUUCGUGCCUACACGACUAGGAAGAGAGUCAGAGAGAGCGCGAGCGAGAGAGUGCGAGAGAGAAAUUAUUCAAUUUUAAUCAAAAGCGAGCCAUUAUUUCACAAGCCGAUUCCCGAAAGGGGCCGACUGCAGGAGCAUAACACAGCCGAAUCGUGCGGAAAAUCGGAAUUUCGGAACAAAACGGGUAUUUUAACACACAGUAUCGUCACCAAAAAUAGAUCUAUAGCAAAAAAAAAAUUAAAAUCAAAUGCUGAUGUGACUCAAUGUAGCGGCAACAAAAAUCUAUAAAGGCAAAAAGCAACUAGCGCUAUAACGAGAGCACACGCACACACACAGAUUUGAAGAGUAAUUAUUCACAAACACACGCAUACAUUCACACCAGUAAUGUUGGCUGUUGAUUUUCACUCAAACCGGAAUGAAAUCACUCUAAGUGUACGUUAAGCUCUACGCUAGUCUCUAGCAAAAUAAAAAAAAAAGAGAAUCUUUAAUAAACUAAUUUAAUCCCUCGAAAUAGCUAGAAAAGAUAUUAACAAAAGAGAAUGUAUGCAAAGAAGGAAUCAGUCUAAAAAGAUCUGGGACCACUGUUUAGUUGCAUAAUAAAAGCAAAACUCUCACACAGUGAAAUAAAAAAAAUAAAUACAAUCAAGAUGGAUGACCCACUUUUAGAAUCAGCCAAAAACGUGUCCCAGGACGAGUUUCUGGCGUUGAUGGACGCCAACUCGUCCCUCACCAGCGGGUUACUUCCGGGGACCAAUGUGGCCCUCAAUGACACCCUGGCCGGGGUCCUGGCCAACAGUACCCUGCACCUAUCGAAUGUUUACCCGAGUGGAUACACACUGCCGCACAUCAUCUUCGCUUCAAUUAUCGUGACAAUACUGAUGAUAGUGAUCGUGGUCGGCAAUAUGUUGGUUAUCAUAGCCAUUAUGACCGAGAAGGCGCUCAAGAACAUCCAGAACUGGUUCAUCGCUUCGCUGGCGGUGGCCGAUUUCUUCCUGGGCCUGCUGAUCAUGCCCUUCUCGUUGGCAAACGAGCUGAUGGGUUAUUGGAUCUUUGGGAAUUGGUGGUGCGAUAUUCAUUCGGCGAUGGACGUGCUGCUGUGCACUUCGUCGAUCAUGAAUCUGUGUCUGAUUUCGCUGGAUCGGUACUGGAGUAUUACCAAGGCGAUCGAGUAUUUGAAAAAGAGGACCCCCGGGCGGGCGGUGUUUAUGAUAGCGGCCGUUUGGGUGAUGUCGGCGCUAGUGUGCAUACCGCCGCUGCUGGGCUGGAAGGCGCCGAGACCGGAGGAGGACGACGAGCUGCCACAGUGUCAGGUAAGACCCCCAGAGACAAAACAACUAUACUUGGGUAAAAUCUGGAGCCGGCAACAAAAAUCCUGUAACAAAAAGGUACAGAGACAGAGACAUUUUCAUCUUUCGGAUCGUUGAACUGGAACCGGGUUACACCCUCCGAAAAAAAAUAAGAGGAAAAGACGCUCCCAUAUAGGUAUUAAUAUAAACGCACUACAUCGCCAGUUUCCCAUCCUCCCCCGGGGAAUGGGCUCAGCUGAUGCUCGGAAGGCCACCGAGAAAGGGGGGAUGAUUUCCUAAAGAAUG